AUGAAACACGGCAUUCAUUUACUUGUCAAGACCUCGAAAUCAACCCAAUCACUGUGCUUCGAGCUGCCCUUCACUGGAUCUUCCCUCUUCUCUGCUGAUCCAAACAUUUUUCAAUCAACAAAGGUACGCACUGAAUCAAUUUCAAGAUAUCAGACACACAUUGGCUGUACCGAAGCAACAUUAUGCUACAAGCAGUCUUGUGAUUGGUAUCUUGUUUCAGCUUUAGGAGUUUGGGUUUUGGGGAAAUUAGGGUUCUUGAGCCACGAUCCGUUCGUGUGGGAAACCGCUAAGAAAUUCCUACCCGCUGCUAUCGUUUUCUAUCUCGCAAUCUUCACAAACACGAAUUUAUUGCGUCAUGCCAAUGUAGACACGUUUAUCGUCUUCAGAUCCUUAACACCCCUUUUGGUAGCAAUCGCCGACACCACUUUUAGGAAGCAACCAAUUCCAUCAAAACUUACAUUUCUAUCACUUUUAAUCAUCUUGGGUGGUGCUGUUGGCUAUGUCGCUACAGAUUCAGGAUUCACAUUGACUGCAUAUUCAUGGGCAUUCGCUUACUUGAUCACAAUCACAACCGAAAUGGUUUACAUCAAACACAUGGUUACAAAUCUUGGAUUGAACACAUGGGGGUUUGUUUACUACAACAACCUGUUAUCUCUCAUGAUGGCUCCAUUCUUCUGGAUCAUGACUGGUGAAUACUCUGAUGUGUUUGCUGCUGUUGGAUCAAACCAUGGGAAUUUGUUUGAAAUCAUAGCAUUUACAGCAGUCUCAUUAUCUUGUGUUUUUGGACUUCUAAUCAGUUUCUUUGGAUUUGCAUGUCGAAAAGCCAUAUCUGCAACUGCAUUCACUCAAUCUGUAACUGGAGUUAAUAGUCCAUCUAUACAGCGGGACCCAGUAGCAUCUAAGUUAAUGGAUGAUAAAGAUGAUGGUGAUUACUCAAAUGAAGAUGAAGAAAAGGGUAUUUCGGGAAAAAUCUCGGGUGUAUAA